CCUCAAUUACCUACGUUUUCUAUUUAACCUACUUCUUUCGUCUUGAGUUCACCGCAAAUCAGGAGAAUAAUCGCCAUGAAGAACCUACUACGAUAUGACGUUGCUCUUUGGCAGAUACACGAAACGGAAGACGAUUGCGAUCUCAUCAUUCGAACCAACAACGGACGAGCCUUUUAUUGCACAAUCUCCCCGUCGCAAUUUCAUCGGUCGCCCAGAAUCACAGAGCAGUACUUCAAAUGCCUCGAACUGCUGCGGUCUGGGGAAGACGAGCAGGAUGAUUUCUAUGUUGAAGAUGCUUGCGACUGGCUGUCCAGAAUGUUCGAGCCUCUCAUCACCCAGCUGGCGCCGCCGUCUUCAGUGCUUCCUAACGGUAGUCUGCCAACUCUAUCCCAGUAUCUUUUCCCCCCGCACAUCGUUUGCGGCCUGGAUGCCACCGACGAUGUCCCACACCCGUAUCAGGCAGAGAAUCAGAAUCAUGGCUGGUGCAGCCCCGUUGUGGUUGCUGACGAUGAGUUGCUUGGGAAUCUCGAUCAGUGGGCUCGGUCCUACGAUCCCUCUGAUAUCGAGAUACUGUACGAUCGCCCCGAAGAUGUCUUGAUAAGACGACCGACUAAGGUUCUUGUUGAUGCGGAAAAUGGCGAUAAGAUCAUGUGCUACUUCAAACACUUUGGACUCUCAUUCGGUCAAGCGCAUGCCAGGAGCGAACUCGCGAGAUUGAACGAAAUUGCUACGGCGCAGAUACCUUCUGCCCCUGAUGCAUGGAUCUGUCGCCUACACGGCAUUGUUCGAGACGGGAACAACUUGAUGGGCAUGCUGUUCAAUUGGAUCGAGAAGAAAGGAGUGCUGUCAAGAGCAAGAGCAAACCAGAGUACAUCCGAGAUCAGGAAACGUUGGAGAACGCAGAUCAGUACAUCUCUGAAGCAGCUACACUGCAAAGGCAUCGUCUGGGGCGAUGCCAAGGCUGAAAAUGUCCUGAUCGAUCAGGAUGACAAUGCCUGGAUUAUCGACUUUGGGGGCAGUUACACACCUGGAUGGGUAGACCAGGAGAAAGCUGGGACGAUGGCAGGCGAUGCACAAGGCUUAACCAAAAUACUUGAUUUUCUUCGCUAAAAGAGAAGUUGGGAAUAGAUCAUGCCACCAUUGCCAUAUAUGUGAGAUGGGAAGUGAGGCACUCCAAUGAAACGUUUUCAUAGCACUACCUCCUGAAUUUGUGCUCUAACAGGCGUCUGGGCGAUCAAACAAUAGCACCAGCGGCCCAUUAGUGGACCGCAGCUACAUGGCAAUGUGCAAGAGUGCAUACGGCCAUAGGCGAGACCCUUUGGAAACCUAGCACGUCACUUCCAGUAGCCCCG